CGAAAGAACGGAGUAUCGAGUGAAUAUCGUGUCAACUAUCGCGAGGGAAUUCCCAAAUAUUAAGCACAUUACGAGUUCAAAGAUAAUUAGCUUCUCCGUCGAAUAACAAAAUUACUCGAGUACGGAAACAGUGGGAAACAUGGCCCUUCUUUCGAAUAUUUUCUUUACUGUGUGUUUAUUGCCGGUAAUAUUAAUUUACGCACAAGCACCGGCAUCAGGGGGUGUAACGAUAUCAAAAACUUGUUUCGGAUGCAUAUGCGAAGCUGCCUCCGGAUGCAAUGUUACAUUGGGUUGCGACGGUUCCGUUUGCGGAGCAUUUCGUAUAACAUGGGGUUAUUGGGCCGAUGGUGGAAAACCAAAACUUGAGAAUUCGGAUCAGGACAAAGACGCGUAUUCACGAUGCGUGAACGACCCGUAUUGCGCGGCUCGUGCGGUACAGGGUUACAUGGAUAAAUUUGCUCAGGAUUGUAAUGGAGAUGGUAACAUCAAUUGUGACGAUUUUCUACGCAUUCAUCGAUUGGGUGGAUACGGAUGCAGUGCUCCUCUAGAGGCAAAAUACGAAAAUACUUAUAAGCUUUGUAUGAAAACCUUUGAGACGGUUUAAUGACGAACUUUUAAUGCCGUGCACGCAUGACGAAAUAUGAAUAUUGAAUUAUAAAAUUAUGUUACAUUUAUUCUCAUUGCAAGGUUUACAAACUGAUCAAAUAAACUUUAAAAAUAGUC